AGCGAAACAAAACAAGGCAAGCAACAUCGAAAUAUUCAUCGGGCGGAUCAUAAAUGUCUUCUUAUUUACUGAAACACCUGCCUAACAGAGUUACUCAGGGCCUAAUCCAGUCCUACUUCACAGUCCAAACUUGGCGAUCUGUCGGCUUCCGGGGAACUCACAGCUCUGCAGACUUUGCCAGGCUCAAAACCAUGGAUGUGAAGAUUCUGCCCGCUCUCCAGGACAACUACAUGUACCUGAUAGUGGACAAGGCCACCAGGGAUGCGGCUAUUGUGGAUCCGGUGGAUCCGGGCGCGGUGAUAUCGGCUGUUGAGGAGGAGAAGGUCAACUUGGUGAAAGUGUUGACAACGCACCAUCACUGGGAUCACGCUGGCGGGAAUGAGAAGCUGGUGAAGGACUUCAAGAAGAGCGCACUGGAAGUGCUCGGCGGCGAUGAUCGCAUCGGCGCCCUGACCAGGAAGGUUUCCGACGGUGACACCUUCAAGAUUGGCAAUCUGAACGUUCGCUGCCUCUUCACGCCCUGCCACACCACUGGCCACAUCUGCUACUACGUCCAGGCGGAGGACGAGGGCGCGGUCUUCACGGGAGACACACUCUUCAGCGCUGGCUGUGGGAGAUUUUUCGAAGGCACGCCCGAGCAGAUGUUCACGGCGCUGGUGGAGAAGCUCUCGGCCCUGCCGGAUGACACGAAGGUCUUCUGUGGGCACGAGUACACGGCGGCGAACCUCAAGUACGCCCUGCACGUGGAGCCGGACAAUCCGGCGGUGCAGCAGAGAAUCCAGUGGACGAAAGAGCGACGCGAUGCGAAGCUUCCCUCAGUUCCCUCCUCAAUUGGCGAGGAGAAGACCUUCAAUCCCUUCAUGCGGGUCAACGAGAAGAGCGUGCAGGAGCACGCCAAGGCGUCCGAUGGCGUCGCCACGAUGGGCUUUUUGAGGCGCGAGAAGGAUUCAUUCAAGGCCUGAAUUCAACAGUGGUGAGGGUGUUUUUGCCAUUUUCGAUCCUUGUUUGACAGAGAAUACCCAAAUCAUGAAUAAAUUAAGGGGAUAUUUUUA